CCGUACAACACAGUUCAGCAAUACAUACGAACACGCUUAACGCAAUGGCUCCAGGAGGAAAGUCGACAGGAAAGGCGAUGAAAAAAUCGUCGGGCAAGGCUCAGAAGAACAUCGUCAAGGCCGGAAAGAAGCGCAAGCCCAAGAGGAAAGAGUCGUACGGCAUUUACAUCUACAAAGUGUUGAAGCAAGUUCACCCCGACACUGGCGUCUCCUCAAAGGCCAUGAGCAUCAUGAACAGCUUCGUCAACGACCUUUUCGAGCGCAUCGCUGCCGAAUCCAGUCGUCUGGCUCAUUACAACAAGCGUUCGACCAUUACCAGCCGGGAAAUCCAAACCGCAGUCCGACUCUUGCUGCCCGGUGAAUUGGCUAAGCACGCCGUCAGCGAAGGCACAAAGGCCGUCACAAAAUACACCAGCUCUAAGUAAUCGCACGAUACUGUCCUUAAACCCUAUAUUGCGGUAGUUGAUGACACUUAAAAAGGC